AUGAAGUUCUCGUCGCUGGUACAGGCUGCUAUCUUGGGCGCGGCCCAAGCUCUGGCUGACACCUCGAGUGUGCCCCCGUCAUGUCGCUGCUUGCCGGGAGACGCCUGCUGGCCCUCGGACGGCACUUGGACACAGUUCAAUGCGACUGUCGGGGGCAGGCUCGUCGCGACAGUUCCCAUUGGCUCGCCCUGCCAUGAUCCUACCUACGAUGCUGCUGCGUGCGCGGCACUGCAGGCAAGCUGGAAGAACCCGCUCACUCACAUUCCGUCAUCGUCGUCAGUGAUGCAGACGUACUUUGCCAACCAGAGUUGCGAUCCGUUCACCGAUAGGUCAAAGCCUUGCGUGCUCGGAAACUACGUCAGCUACGCGGUCAAGGUCAAGUGCACCGCAGACGUCGCAGCCGCCCUGCGCUUUGCCAAGGAGCACAACAUCCGUAUCGUUGUCCGCAACACGGGUCAUGAUUUCCUUGGACGCUCUACCGGUGCCGGCGCGCUCUCUAUCUGGACCCAGGGUCUCAAGGCCGUGUCUUUUGCCGACUGGUCGGAUGAGCACUAUACCGGACCGUCAGCCAGUGUGGGUGCCGGCGUAAUCGGCUACGAGAUCGUCGAGGCGGCGCACAAGCAGGGCCUCACGGUGGUUACGGGAGAGUGCGCAACGGUCGGUCUCGCUGGCGGCUUCAUCCAGGGAGGCGGCCACUCUGCGCUCAGCACCACUUUUGGUCUCGCUUCCGACCAGACCCUGGCAUUCCAGGUCGUCACGACUAGCGGUCGCACUGUCACCGCGACGCCGACCAAGAAUGCUGACCUCUACUGGGCACUGAGCGGUGGCGGUGGUGGCAACUACGGCGUGGUUGUCGGAGUUACUGUCCGGGCGUACAAGGCGGCGACGGUCGGAGGCGCAGCCUUCCAAUUGCUUGCGCCUACUACUACGCCCGAAAAGUUCAAGGCUGCGGUGGCCAAGUUCUAUGAACUGCUGCCGAAGAUGAUUGACAAUGGCGCCAUGGUGGUCUUCUACACCAACCAGCAGAUGCUGGUGGUUAAGCCCCUGACCCUGUGGAACUCGACGGCCGCUCAUGUCCGCGACGUCGUUCUGCAACCUUUCACGGCGGCUUUGACGGAAAUUGGUAUCACUUUGCCAGUUGCGUACAGUGAGCUCUCCUAUCGCGAUCACUACGACCGCUACAUGGGCCCUCUCCCGCAGGGAAGCUUCGAGGUGGAGCGCUACCAGUUCGGCGGCCGCCUGAUCCCCCGCAAGGUUCUGCAGGAUGAGACGAGCCGCAACGCCUUCGUCAGCGUCGUCAACAACCUCACGGCCAACGGCAUCCUCGCCGUCGGCAGCGCCGCCGCCUACUCGAACAAGCCCGCCGGCAGCGCCGACAACUCGGUCAACCCGGUGUGGCGCUCCACGUUGGUUCAGUUGCAGCUCAUCACCGACUGGGACUCGACCGCGCCGUGGUCGGAGAUGGAGGCCGCGCAGCGCCGCAUGACCGAGGAGUUCAUGCCCCAGAUCGAGAGCGUGACGCCCGGCAGCGGAUCGUACAUGAACGAGGCGGACUUUAGGCAGCCCAACUGGCAGCAGACCUUCUAUGGGUCUAGCUACGAGAAGCUGCUUUCCAUCAAGCGCAAGUGGGAUCCGGAGAGCGUGCUUUACACGCUCAAGGGCGUGGGAAGUGAGGCUUGGAACGUUGGAAACGAUGGCCGGAUGUGCAAGGCGUGA